GUUUAUUUCCUGUUUAAUCACUCAGUCAGAGUGGGUGCGGCGUGUGAUGCUGCCCCCGCGCUCUUUCUGUUGCCGGCCCCACAGUGCAGCACUGCAGGAGAGGAGACAGAGGGACAGCCCUUGCUGCUGGGAGCUGAGCUAUCAGGCUGUCAGGGGGCGAAGCCAAGCUAAGGCAGUUAGAGGACAGAAGGCCCACACUCCGGAGGAGCACAGCGCCACCUUUCCCCUGGAUCUGAUGCUCCGCCCCCCUGCAGUGUCUCUAGGGAGAGACAUGAUGACAUGGGGGAUUGAGGAGGAGGCAUUCCAGCUCACCGUGCAGCAGCAGCCCAGGGAGUCCGGAGUCAGACCUCCGGUGACCUUUUCCCCACCUGCCGUCAGUCACAGAGCUUGGGGUGAGGUAUGGGGGCAACAUGAUCAUGAGACCAAGGUUCAGAAGGUCAAAUUGGGUGAAACAGUAUCUUUGCCAUGUAAAGCAUUCAAAUUCGAAGAUUUUGGCAACACCAGACUGCAGUGGGUAUAUGACAACAAAGGGCAUCAUCACAAGAUUUAUACCAUUGGACCCAAAGGAGAAUUCAGGGAAGAGUCUGAGCUGAAAAGCCUUGUCAGUUUGGAAAACAAUUCUACCUUGGUGAUUAAUGACGUGCAAGUUCAGGAUGAGAAACUGUUCAAAUGCCAAAUUGAGGACCAGCAUGGUAACAUUAAGGAAAGCAGUAUACAGCUGAGAGUCUACAAGGCUCCAGGAGAACCAGAAAUUGUAAUGAAAGACAUUGGAAUACCAGAGACAGAAAAUGCUGUUGAGAUUGGAACAUGCGAAAGUACAAAUGGGUUUCCCACUCCUAAUAUCACAUGGUAUAAGAAUGAAUCACCUUUGAGAAAUGGGCAAGAUGCUGUGGAAGUCAAUUCUCAGGUGACAGUGGGGUCAAGUGGCUUAAUUACAGUCAAGAGCACUCUGUUUAGCCCUGUGCAGAAGUCUGAUGUUGAUGCUGUUUUCUACUGUGAGGUCUCAUACUAUCUUCCAAAGGGUGCUCACAUGAAGGAGUCACAGAAGAAAAACAUUACAGUAUAUUACACGAACACUAAAGUAACACUAUUUAUAAAGCCCCAGUCUGACAAGAUAAAGGAAGGAGAUACUGUAGAGCUUAUAUGUGAGGGCAAUGGAAAUCCGCAACCUGAAAUUUCCCUGUAUAAGAAAGGUAAUGAUACCCGUUUGAAAUCACAUCGCUGGAUUGUUUCACGUGAGGAUUCUGGUGGAUAUUACUGUUCAGCAUAUGAUGUAGAAUCUUUUGAUGAAAUGUCAGCAGAGACUGAAAUGCAUGUCCACUUUCUGGAUCCUCCUGUGCUUUCUGAACAUUCCCCUGUAAUUGUGACACUUGGAAGUGUUUUGAGUGUAUCCUGUCAGGCAAAUGCUUCAGUUCAAACAGAGAUCCAGUGGAAACGAGAUGAGAUAAUCAUAGCAAGUGGUCACAUCUUAAACAUUAGCUUGGAGGAUUACAGUAAUGGAGGACAGUACACAUGUGUUGUUGGCCUGCCUAGUGUACCGGUACUUAACCUCAGCAAGGAGCUGCAGGUGAUUGUAAAAGGAAAACCAUAUGUUGAAGUUAGUCAACAAUAUGUAGAGGUACAAAGAGGCAAAAAUGUGAUUACAAGAUGCAAAGCAACUGGUUAUCCACUUCCUAAAAUAACUUGGUAUAUCAAUGGCUCUGAGGUAGAUGCCAAGAUUGCUCAAGUUUACAAUGUUAGUGAUAAUGGAGUAGUUAGCGAACUUACCUUGUUGGUAACCCAAGACCUAAUUAAUGAAAAUGUCACAUGUAAGGCCUACAAUGAAUUGGACAACAGCAUGGGAUAUAUCCUACUACAUGAAAAAUCUGAAACUACGGUUGUUCCGAUCAGCAACACAGAAUCUGGAGCCACUGUGGUUCCCAUCCCCGAUGCAGGCUCCAGAAGUGAAAAAAGCUAUGGCGUUGUUAUUGUGGCUGUCAUUGUGUGUAUUCUUCUGUUGGCCAUUCUCGGAGCUGUGCUAUACUUCCUUUAUAAGAAGGGACACAUUCCUUGUGGUCGCUCUGGAAAACAAGAUAUCACAAAGGUGGGUGACAAAGAUAAAAUUGUUGUGGAAAUGAAGCCAGACUCACCAGCUGAAGAAUCUGUGCUACUUCCUGGACCUCAAGAGAACAAGCAACCAGGAGACCAGGAGAAAUACAUGGAUCUAAGAAAUUGAGUCCCCUGGCACAUUAGUUUGGACCCUGAAGUGACCUGCUGUGUCUCCAAGUUUUUUCUGCAACUGUGGUUAUUUUGAAAAAAAAAAUCCACCUGAGGUCUUCCUCAUUAUUCUGGUGCCAGAAUUCUGCUGGCAUGAACAACUUUACAUUAAACUGUACUGUACAUUUUGCUUCAACAGGACAUUCUCUUAUUAUACAGAUUUUUGAGACACUAUGGGGUAAAUACACAAAGGUGGGAGUAUUUUUUAUAACUGGUGAUGUUGCCCAUAGCAACCAAUCUAUUAUCUUCUAGAAGCAGCUAGAUAAAUGUUAAAUAUACUUAAGUUGGUUGCUAUGGGCAAAAUCACCAGUUCUAAAAAAAACCUCCCACCUUAGUAAAUUUACCCCUAUGAUUCUUUGUGGCCUUGGGUCUACAUGCAUAUCUGCUAAAUUUGGCCAUAUGUGGUGUAAUCAGGUAAUUCAGUUUGGGAUAUCAUUGUGCAAUAUGUGUGACAAAAUGGGAUCUAGGUCAAUUUUCUGUAUUAACUGAUUGCCCUGGAAUUUUUGUGCUAUUAUUGGCUUACCAGGGUGAAUGGACUCCUUACAAUCUUGGGCUUUAGCACUUGUACAAUCUUACUACAAUCAUAUCUACCAAACAGUGUCUUCAGCCAUUGCCUAAGGUGAACAUUCAGUAAUUGCUCCAUGAUUCAAUAAUAUAUGGCUUAAAACACUACUUAUUCUGUAUGAUUACAGUUGGUGGAUAAGUUAGCUCUUUAUUAUUUGAAAAUGGACUUUAUACUGCUUGAGUGCUUAUAUCACCUUUGUAGGCAUUGUCGUUUGAAGAGCAACAGGUACAACGUGUGGUGACACAGCCUUAUUACUGUGGCAACAGUGUAUCUCUAAUGCAUAUACAGUUGUGAUUGUGGUGCAUCUCCACAUGUAGCCACUGAACUGACCAUAUGAAAGUUAGGCUGAACAAAUGGAUUCCACGGUAUAUGGCUACCUUUGACUUUUCCGAUGCUAAUUUGAGGUGAAAACAAAUCAGGAAAAAAGGGAAACGGAAAACUGUUAAAAUAUCACACGUAACAUGAAAGGUAACAGUGAAUUUACUCUGUGGUAGUUCAAUUGUUGUACAAAUUCAUCAUCAGUCAACAUAGGUGCUCCCAUGAGUGAAGAAAUGAGUAUGUACGUAAAUAAAGAGAAAAAGGAGUACUCUCUUGUUUCGGGUACUAAUUCAACAUAGUAACAGGUAUAGUACCAAACUUAACUUUUGUAAUAAUGGACCUAACUAUACAAACACAACAUAAAACAUAGAUAGAAAAUCA